UCCGUCUCACCCUUCUCUUCAUGCCGAAUUCGCGGGAUUUGCGCGCCGCUCUCUCCUUUCGCGCCUUUCGCAAAUUUGUUCCCAAAGUCACUUGUUCCGCGUGACGCGAAUGGGGGAGAACUCGUGCCGUUCGAAAUUCGAAAUUUGAGACGCGCCUUCGAACCUACCCACCCCGGAAAGAAGAGGGAGGCGGGGAGGGAGGUAAAGUGACGAGAGGCGGAUUCCGCGCCAGAAUCGCGAUGUGGUCUUCGCCGCCGCGAACAGCUUGGCCGGCCAAGCGGUGUUCUAUCGACCGGCUUCGAUACGAAACCCUCCCGACAUGAAAGGACGGGACGGGUGGGCUGGCCGUUCGAUAGACGGACGAUCGAGCGACCGCGAUCGAUCUCACGAGCCUCGGGAUCCCUCGAACCCAAGGUACCCCGGUCGUCCUCGUUCCGUGACGAGACCGGCGAAAAAGAAAAUAACGUCGAUAGUCUUCGCGCGGCAGCUCACUGAUGCGUCCACCGAUCUCAAGAAGGUUCUUACCGAUAGGAUCCCGAAAGAACAAGAGCGGGUCAAAGCCUUUCGUAGAGACCAUGGCUCCACCAAAGUCGGAGAAGUCACCGUCGACAUGAUGUACGGUGGUAUGCGUGGCAUUAAGGGCCUCGUGUGGGAGCCGUCAGUGUUGGAUCCGGAGGAGGGUAUCCGCUUCCGCGGCAAGUCGAUCCCCGAAUGCCAGAAACUCUUGCCGAAGGCAUCCGGCGGUGCGGAGCCGCUCCCGGAGGGUCUCUUCUGGCUACUAAUCACCGGCGACGUGCCCACGGACGCGCAGGUGCGGGCCAUCUCGCAGGAAUGGGCGUCCAGGAGCUCAUUGCCAGAGCAUGUAGUCAAGGCUCUUAAUAACUUCCCCAAGACGCUACACCCGAUGACGCAGUUCUCCGCGGCGAUCACGCUGUUGAACAGCGAGAGCGAGUUCGUUAAGGCGUACAACAAGGGCGUGCACAAGAGCAAGUUUUGGGAGACUGUGUACGAAGACUCAAUGAAUCUGAUCGCCAAACUACCGGUGGUGGCGGCUACUAUCUAUCGCAACAUCUACAAGGGCGGCAAGGGUCUGGGUUCCGUCGACGCUGGCAGGGACUGGUCUUGGAACUUCGCCAACAUGCUCGGCUACGACAAUCCGCAAUUCAUCGAGCUGAUGCGCCUCUACCUGACGAUCCAUUCGGAUCACGAGGGCGGUAACGUGUCCGCUCACACCACCCACUUGGUGGGAUCCGCCUUGUCGGACCCGUAUCUGUCCUUCGCCGCCGGUAUGAACGGUUUAGCUGGGCCGUUGCACGGUUUGGCCAAUCAGGAAGUGCUGGUGUGGCUGGAGAAGCUGCGCGGUCAGGUCGGCGACAGUCCGAGCGACGACAAGCUCAAGGAGUUUAUCUGGAAUACGUUGAAGAGCGGCCAGGUCGUGCCCGGUUAUGGACACGCCGUUCUUAGGAAGACCGAUCCGCGAUACACCUGUCAGAGGGAGUUUGCGCUAAAACAUUUGCCGGACGAUCCGUUAUUCAAGCUUGUUGCGCAAGUAUAUAAAGUGGUGCCGCCGAUUUUGCUGGAGACCGGUAAGGUAAAGAACCCAUGGCCGAACGUGGAUGCGCACUCGGGCGUGCUGUUGCAAUACUACGGCAUGAAAGAGAUGAACUACUACACGGUCCUGUUCGGUGUGUCCCGCGCAUUGGGCGUGCUCGCCUCUCUUGUUUGGGACCGCGCCUUAGGACUGCCCAUUGAGAGGCCUAAGUCCCUCAGCACCGAUCUCCUCAUGAAGGCCGUCAAAGCUUAAGGAUCGUCUUUUACCGGAUUGACGAUUAAUCAGCAUCACCUCGGAGUCUCGUUGUCCCGGCCUCGACUUUGUUCGAGCAUCGCCCGCGGCGCCACGGAACUUUGAUAGAAUAUCAUUUUGAUACCGACCUCGCGACGGAGACAACUCAACGAGCCCGCGCCUUAUCGAACGAACGAGAUCGCGAAUGAGAAAGCGAUAGAGUGAGUGAAUGGGAGAACGAGAAUGAAAACGAAUGAGACAUAAGGCUAGGUAUUAAACACGACAAAUAAUUAUGUCUAAUAAUGUAUUAUCUAAAUGUAGAUUAUUAAGAGCAGACACAUCAACUUCCGCUUCAACGAGCGAAAGUUUUUAUUAAUUCUUUUCCUGCUGUCGAUAUUUCCAAAAUGAUGACAAAUAGGCUUAUUGAUUAUAUAGACAUAUUAUAAUUAUUACUUUUAUGAGUAUAUGAUAAAAUUCAUAACGUAAUGUAAUUAAUAUGACUGUUUGACUCUUACGAAGUAUCGAUUGCUGGGACAGUUUUAAAUGUAGAUGUCAUCCGUUGUAACCUACGUUGUCCUCGCAACGUAGCUGCUUGUACACGUGGAAACAUAGAUUGGUCCAAUAGUAAAAACUGCCAAAAUUGCGAGGAAACCUAAGAUAGCGCAAGAAAUCCAGAGGAUGGCUUUUAAAUGUCUGAGUAUUGAAUUUUUAAAUUUCUCUAAAUAUCUUUGACGUUUAAAAGAUGUCUUCUGGAACUAGUUAUUUAUAGAAACACACACAAGAUAGAGAAAUGCGUGAGAAAGAUAGGUUAAGCAUAUUGUAAAUAAAGUCAUCGCUCAAUACAAAACAACACGUUGACUACCGUUAGAAAUUUCGGAGGAACGGCAUAAUCCACGGCGAUAAUCAAUGUGUUUAGCUCAACGACUUGACAGCCACUAGAUUCGUCGCAUUCAAGGCAACAUUAAAAUUAAAAAAAAACAUCAAAAGUUUAAAAGAUGAUAUUUUGACAACAAAAUAACGACAAAUGAUGUCCUAAUUUAGAUUGGAUGUUACUUCGGUCUUCGGUGACUUGCGCCGCCCGGGACAUGUAGUUGGUAAGAUCUAACUCAUUGUUGUCUUGCUUUGUCACACACUCCCUGGGUGUGUAGUCAUAGAUUUUAUUCUCAAUCAAGUGAAUUUAUUUGGAAAAUCGGAUUUGUCAGCGGCAAAAAGCGAUAUCGAAUUUUUGCAAUUAGAGGAUAGAUUAUUAGAUCAAGGCAAUAGUCGGUAACGGAACGCCAGAAAGGCGAACGUGCCAAUUAGUUCACGAGACAUAGAUCUCCCGGUCAUUAGUUUACAGUUUUCCCUCACCUCCCUCAGGAAGUUCAUUCUAACCGAUUAUUUUUAGAAUGGCGAAAAGAAAUGCUAUUGCUGUGUAACGCGAGUUGCAGUAGUUGCGAAAUACUUAACAGCGAGCAAUGAUGCAGAGAGUGAUCGAGCAUACUUAAAAAUAGCGUUUAUAGCGUCUCGUUGGACGGCUACUCGCGAUCGAUUGUAACGCAGAGGAACCCGCCGCGAUUCCGCGUAAAAUUAAGGAGCAUGACCAGUGGUAGACCCACUGUAACAAGAAUGAAUGAAUGUGUGCAUAUCUUAUUUAUAACGAAUGUGAAAAUAAAUGGAUCAAAAGGUAA